UUUUUAUUUUUAUUUUUUGUGUCUGAACCUCUUUCAGUUAAAUAGGCUAGGGGUUUUACAAUAGAAAUGAAUAACGGACAUAAGAAUUCGGUAGCAUCCUUAGGAAUCAACACACAAUUUAGCACUAGCUCAGUUUCUUCAGGAGGCUCGCCUUUAAACUCGCCGUUAAUAUCGCCAGCACCAGGAUCUCCUUUCCCUCCAGAAAAUUCAUCUUGGGACCAAUUACAAAAUCAGUUUACACAACAAAUGUCACUUCAGCCACCUUCACCUGCCCCACCAGUGUCGAGUAAAUCAACAGGUGGAAAUACCUUUGUACAUAAAUUAUACAAUAUGGUGGUGGACAAACAAUAUCAGCAUUUGAUUGCUUGGACAUAUACAGGAACUUCAUUUAUUGUUUGUAAUAUCACUGAGUUUUCAAGAGAUGUAUUACCCAAGCAUUUUAAACAUAACAACUUUAGUAGUUUUGUUAGACAGCUCAAUAUGUAUGGAUUUCAUAAAGUGAAUAAAUCACCAAGGGGCCAUCGUACGUUAGCCGAGAAUCAGAUCUGGGAGUUCUCACACCCAAAGUUUCUGAGAAACAGACCAGAUUUACUAGAUGAAAUUAAGCGUAAAGCAUUAGAAACAGAGUCUGUCCGAAGAGACACUAGUGAUAUCAACUCGCACAUGACGAUGAUGCAAAUGUCACAAACAGACAUGAUACAACAAAUAUCUCAACUACAAGAGAAUCUGAACCAAGUUGUUCAUGAGUUGACAGAGACCAAAAGAAGACAACAUGUUCAACAACAAAUGAUGAAAGAUAUGAUGGAUUUCAUGACUAAACAGUAUGGUGCGAUGCCACCAGCAGUAGCAUCAUCGACCGUGCAAAAUAUGGAAUUAUUUGAAAUCAAACAAGAUCCAGAUAGACCACCACCGCCUAUUUUUAUUACAUCAGCAGAUAACCAUCAUCACCAGCAGCAACAGGGUGGUAAUUUCUAUCUAAAUGUCAAUGAACAACCUUCUUCGCCUAAUUCAGCUUCUUCUUCACCGCAAAUCUCCCACAAUAAUAACAAUAAUAGUAAUUCACAUCCACUUUCUGUACAAACCCACACAAGUAUGAAUCAUCAAUAUCAACAACAACAGCAAAGAUCCCCUUCUUAUCAAUCCGCUAUAAAUACGCCUUUACCUCCGAGUCCUUGCCCAAGUAAUGGGAAUUAUUUAUCUCAUACGGAAGACCCAUAUAAUCCAACAAGCCCAAUGGCUCCGAACUCUUUUAUACAACAGCAGCAACAACAACAACAACAACAACAGCAGCAGCAGCAGCAACAACAACAGCAACACUAUAACAACUUUCAUCCAUAAUAAAAAAUAAUAAAAAUGAGUUUUAAAUAU